GCAACCCCGCUUUCCGCGUUAAAUCAAUACGAAUUUCAUCGAUUUUCGGAGCCGCAGCCGCCGCACACCCAGCUAGAGGGUCGCACGCGGUGGUUGCGCGUCCUUCGACUUAUUAGAUGUGUGAUUUUGUUAAGUAAUAUAACGACGUUGUAAGCGAUCUCGUGAUAGCGGCUCAUUCGAAAUUUAUACAUCGAUAGUUGUGAAAGACUUACGAUGAAAGAAUGAGACCAUGACUUCGACGGACACCUACCAGUUGAAAUGGCAUUCUCACAGUUCACAUCUGAACGGCUCGGUAGCGUCUUUGCUGCGCUCGGAGCGUUUCACGGAUGUCGUGCUCUGUACUAUGGACGGGUCGCAGAUACCGGCACACAAGUUCAUACUGAGCUCUUGCAGCGUUUAUCUCAGCACGUUGUUCGAGGGACAGCGAUCUGUGACGCGAAUGGGCGGGAUGUUGUACGUAGUUCUCCCUUCAGAAAUCUCAACAAAGGCUUUGAAGAUCCUAGUGGAGUAUAUGUAUAAAGGUGAGACAACUGUAUCAAAUGAGGUUCUAGAUACAGUGCUUAAGGCGGGUGAAGUGCUUAAAAUAAGAGGUUUGUGGCGUCAGAACGAUGAGGCCGGUGGUGAUUCAACUCCCGCUGAAAAAACAACAACCCAGCCGGCCAACAUCAACAAGCAAGCCAAGAAACCAGAUGAACCAAAGCUCACCGUAAAAAAAGAUGAUAAACUCCUUAAAACCUUCAACCCCGUGCAGCCGCAGGGCGUCACAAGACCUAUGUUCAUCGGUCCACCAAAGCUGGUGUUUAUAAAGACUUCAGAAGGCAGCACUCAAGCGGCAGCAUUGAGACCUGGUGCUCCGAAAGGUCAGACUAUACUGGUGGCUCCUGCUCCAGCCACCGAGGCCAAUUCAUUACCAAUACUUUCCAAUGCUGAGGACUCUCCCGAUGAAACCCCACCACCAAGAAUACUGCGUCGACAUGCAGCUGAGAGGAAGUACGGGAAGAAACAGAAGACUGAUCAAGCGGAAGAGGAAAAGGAACAGGAAGAACCAGACAAUGCGUCCGUUAGCUCAAAGAAAUCUAGUCAGAGUGUUCCGGACACAAGCACAGAGAUCCAGAUUAAGGAUGAGCCGGAGUGGGAUGCGAGCAGUAUCGAGGAGGAGGAGAGGUCUAUAGCUGAAAUUUUCCAAGCCGAGAUGAGUGUCAAGUCAGAACCUAUUGAUGACAUGGAUAUUGAAGAGGAAAGCCUGUUGUACAGUCCUCUGGCGUGUGAGCUGUGCGCGGAGGUGUUCACGGUGCCCGCGGCGUGGGUCCGACACGUACAGAGACACGCGCAUUCCGACCAUCACCAUCCCAGGAAGAGGAGGCGCUCUGCGAGUGACGACACGGAGGAGACGAUGGCACUACUCCGCUGUGAUCUGUGCCAGAAACACUUCCCCAACCCCGCCGAGUGGGUCCGACACGUGCAGGGAACACACACAGAGACAGAAUUGGCCAUAUCAAACAACAGUGCACCACCAAAACGUCACAAUCGUUUCACAGACGGUGAGCAAAACAAGAUUUGCUCGCAAUGCAAGAAGACCUUCCCUUCGCACGCCUCCAUGCUCAUACACAUGAGGACACACACAGGAGAGCGGCCGUUCGUGUGCGGUCUGUGUAACAAGGGCUUCAAUGUGAAGUCCAACCUGCUGCGACAUCUGCGGACGCUGCACGACCAGGUCAUCAGUCCCGCCCGCAUCGACGACGAGGAGGCCGGCGCUCCGCCCUCGCUCAGCGACCUGAAGAAAGAGACUUGAGGAAGAGGAGGGGGGGCAGGAAGAGGCAGAGGACGCGGUAAGCGCGUGUACACUAUAUCUACGUCAGAAGGCAAGAGGCGCGGCGGCAAGCGAGGCGGCUCCGGGGCUCCAAGCUCCGCCGGCUCGGGCUCCGCCCCCGCCCCGGACAGCGCGCCGCCCGCCGCGCUUCGGAAACAGAAUUACUCUCUGUUCCUGAAGCAGCGCGCCGUACUGUUCUCCGCCAAGAAGUGGAAGUAGCACCCGCUAGUCGUGUGACGAUCAAUCGCUCUAAUGAUAACCCGUUUUGUAUAUGAAUGACUGUCAGUUCAGACGGUCUCUACAGUUUAACCGAUUUCAAUUAAAUAGCUUCUGUGUUUUAAUCAUCAUAUGUAUGUUUGUAUGUCAGUUCUCUCAAAAACUAUUCCGUUUUGACUCCGGUUACGGUCUUGAAGCACACUCUGUUGUGACCACUGACUACUGAUGUAGUAUAGUAUAAGAACCGUCUUUAGCAAUAGACGACGCGUUUCCAUUUGAAGUCGGUUAAUAAUUUUUUUUGGAACUCAUUCUCGGUGUUAAUAUUUAUAUAGAUAACCUGACACAUCGCCGAACCUCGGCCGGUCAGACAGUUAUAUGUUGUAUACAUUCCCAUGGCGGUUGAUUUAAACGAUUGUGGUACAUGUUCGUCUGAUUAUAUACGUGUCUGAUGAAGACAGUGUAAGCGGGUGCAGUUGUUUCUUGCCCACCCUCCUUAAUGUGAAUAGCUUUAGGAUUUGUUUUAAGAUACUACCGGUGACGUCAUCUCUAGUCACAGUAACGUAGUGGAUAAGUUUUAAUUUGUAUUAAAUUAAGCUUGUAGUAUUUCCCUCGGUUAGUUGAGAAUAUUUUUUUAAUUCAAAGAACGCACUAACAACUACUCGGCUAGUUAUGUAGUAACUUGAGGUCAUUCCGUUUCAGUUUAUU